AUGAGCUACUUCGGGCCCAACCACAUCGUCGACGCUAAUCUACGAGGCGCCAACAGGGCCGUACGGAUGCCAGAGCCAGACCGCUCCUGGCAGGCGUCAGGCCAUCCAAGCCCUGCGUACAUGCCAAUGCCAGAGCCGGUCGUCAACCAAGCGCAGCCGGCAGUCCCGGGCCCUAUCCCAGGACCGCCGCCCCAGGUCUACGCCAUACCGGGUGACCGCGGCAUGACAGUUACUGAGGAGCCGCUUCGGAAGAAACGAGGACUGUACUCUUGGCUCAAGUUCUGGCGUCGCAAGGAUAGGCUUCCGGAUGUGAUAACGCGCGGAGGACUCGCAAAGGGCGGGCUCUGCCAGCCGCCUCAGGGCAAGCCCGCGCAGCCGGUCAAGGGCACCGUCGUCAAAACGAAACCCCGUCCCAAACGCGGAUGCCGGUGUGCAUAA